AUGGCGUUUGCAGUAUCAUCACCACUUCCUUGCGAUUAUGUUCGAGCGGACCAACGAAUGUUUUUUUCUUAUCAUCCAGAAAAUACAUCAUUUCAAAAAGGAUUUCUUGGUAUAAGUUCAACCACAAUUUCUGGGACAUUUCACGUAAGAUUUCCACAAGCGAUUGAAGCAAAGAAUAUAUCACUUACAUUUAUUGGCAGAGAAAUUGUCGAAUGGGCAGAUUUGAAAAAAAUUAGAGCGGAAAAAAUUAUAGUAAAUAAAAGUGUUUACCUUUGGCAAACAACUUCAGAAUUAGGACAUGAACUUUUAACGGAUUUAGAUUUACCAUUUGAUUUUCAAAUUCCUGAUGAUGCAAUUGAAUCAUUUGUUACACAUUAUGGAAAAGUUGAAUAUACAUUGAAAGCAACUAUUAAUCGUAAACCUAAAAAGAAAACAUCAAGCGUGGAAGUAUUAGUACCGAUUUAUAGAUGGACAAUUCCUGAUGAACAAGAUUUAAGAGUUUUAGUUAUUAAAUCUAGAGCCAAAGAUCGAAAGCUACCACUUAGUUGGGAAGCAAUUCUUCCCAAAACAUUUUUUGAUGUCAAUUCGGAACUUAAGAUUAAUUUACGACUUACAUCACAUGAUCCGGAUCUUAGAAUUCGAAAAAUAGUAGCGUGCCUUAAAACAUUUACCAAAUAUGCAAUUGAUGAUUAUGGAGUUAUUCCGAUUAAUCGAGAUAAACGACAUUCCAAACACCAAGUUCAGGGAGAAGAUAUAAUAAUGACACCUAAGGGACCUGAUACAGUCUUUGAAACUAGUGUUAUUCUUAAAGUUCCCAGUGAUGUGGCACCUACGUGUAAGACUAAAUAUAUGUCCAUAAAAAAUCAAGUCCAAAUUAAAGUGUUUUUUGAGAGGUUUCAUCAUCAUGUGAUGAUAAUGAGAGAUGUUAUUGUUGGAAGAAAUUUCAUGAAUGACACAACCGGCUCAUAUCAAGAAUCAUUAAUAUAUUGA